GGUUUGAAAUUCUGUAUUGUCUGUAAACAAUAUGGACAGCAAGAGAGAGUUCCUCGAUUUACCAAAUGAAGUAAUUGAUCUUGUGCUUCAGAACAGGGGUAUAUCAUUUACAGACAUAUGUAGUAUAUCCCAAACAUGCACAAAAAUGCAAUAUUUGUGCUUGUCAAACGAAUUAUGGAGAAGAAAGCUCCAGCAAAGGUGGCCAAAGCUUUUGCUGAGGUAUUCACGAGAGAAAGCACAUGACUGGCUGAAGGAGUUUAAAACUUAUGCCGUGGUGGGCCGUGCUGUGCGAGGACUUGUUAGCCAGCUAUCCCCAAGAUUUUAUAAAUUGGAAGAAAUUCCAGAUGAUGGUUUUUCAGAUGUUGUGUCCCUGAUGGAGGAGCAUAAUGCAGCUGAAGUUAUCAUAAAUGAGUUAAAUGAAAUCAUACAUGAUGAUGACAGGUAUAAGAAUUUGACAAACAAGUACUAUGCAGUGAAGCUUCUACGACACAUUUUUCACUUGCAUCUUACUGAGAAAUGGAAAGCUCAUUUACAACAGCCACCAGAUGAGCAAAAACUUGAGAUAGGUGCUACCAUAAUUAGUCAGUGGUUCCAACCUACAGACGAUGUGACAGAAAAUUCCAUAAUUGACCGCUUGGAUGAUAUUGCAGAGAGAGUGAAGCAAAAUCUACCAGAAAAUUUAGCAUCAUUGUAUUCUGAAGGAGUGCCAACACUGAGUACUAAACAAGAAAGAGUGGUUCUAGAAACCAUGAACCAUGUCAUAUACACUGAGAUGGGUUUCCAUGGAAAUGAAGAAAAUUAUUAUGAUGAAAACAACUCAUUUAUUAACAAGGUGUUAGAUCGUAAGUUUGGAAUUCCUAUCAGUCUUUCUGUGCUGUAUUUAUCCAUUGCCAGACGACUUGCUGUAAUAUGUGAAUGUGUUAACUUUCCCUCACACUUCCUGCUCAAGUGGAAAGAACAUCCAAUGGCUACUGUUGAUAAGCAGUACACCUUUAUUGACGCCUUCCAUGGAAAGUUUAUUACAGAAAUUGGAGGUGAUCAUACAGUGUUCACGGACUCCAUACCACAUAUUGAGGUUUACAAGAGAAUGCUUCGUAACCUGAUCAAUAUUGCUCGGAAUCAUCACCACAUGAGAAGCACUACCACGUUUCUCCGGGAUGCAGUGGAAAUGAUGCUGCUCACAACUCCAGAUGAUACAGACUACCAGUUACUCCUGGUUAAAAUCUUCAUGUACCUCAAGAUCAAUCAGGAAAAGGUCAAAGACUUACUGCUGGAUAUAGAACUCCAGGAUGAGAGCCGAGUUUCUCAGGUAGCACGACUAACAGCUCAGGUGGAAAGGAGUGCUCGGGAAAAUGAAGAAUUGUUACAGAAAAAGACAAAACCAAAAUACCGGGCAGAAAACAAAGAGGUUAGAUUUUCAGUUGGAAUGGUCAUGAAGCAUAAAAGAUACAACUACAUGUGUGUUAUUUUUGGGUGGGAUUUGACCUGUCAAGCAUCUCGAGAGUGGAUAAUUCAAAUGGGGGUUCACAUGCUCCCCCGCAAAGACAAACAGCCAUUCUACAACGUACUGGUGGAGGAUGGAAGCAUAAGAUAUGCUGCAGAUGAAAAUCUCUAUCACCCAGAAAGUUACUGUGAAAUUCCUCACCCUGAUGUUGGAAAAUAUUUCCAAGAGUUUACAGGUCGAUACUAUGUCAUAAACAAUGAGAAAGCAGAGGAAUAUCCAGACGAUGUUCAGGAGACCCGAACCACAGUGGAGGGGAGGGGUCAGUGAGGGUCCCAGAACACAGUAGAGGGGGAUGACUCAGUGAGGGAGACAACUGCAGGGAUUGGACAUUGAGAAAUGAGUAAACUAACAAUUGAUACAACAGUGGCCAGUUUCUGGUAUUAUUAUUCUAUGAUUAAGCUUUUUACUCAUAUAUGCAAAUUUGUAUGUGUAUAUUUGAUAGAAAAUGUUGAUUGAUGCCUAUACAUGUAUUUAAAUUACAACAAAUGUAGAAUUGACAGUUAAGACAUCUUUGUUUGUACGAGUAAUGUCAAAAUUUAAGACAAUAUCUAUAUAUGGGGUUGUACAAGAGCAGCUGGACUGCUAAUGACUGGUGAUGCUUUGUAAUACAUGUAAUGCAGUUAUAGGAUAUCAUUAAUUUUUAUAAUCAGAUAAUAUUAAUGACUAGCACAGGUUUCUAGAGAUUGAUUUUAAAUUAUUAUUUAUGAAAUGAUUCUAUGUCUUUCAUGAAUAUGAAUCAGGAGAGAAAUUUAACUUGUAUGAAUAAAUACAGCUUUUACCCAGAAAUUUUAAUGCUAAUACUGCAAUGCUCCCAGGGAAUGAUUAUUGUACAAAUAAAUUUAUUUUAUGUUCUUGGAGUUUAUGCAGGAAUGGUGUUUAUGGUUUUUAUUUCAAUGACAAAAGAACAUAAAAUGUUGACCAUGUACAGUGAAUACAUUGAUGCAUGUGUAAUUGCUUUGUUUUAUGUUCACACAAGAUGCUGUGUAAUGCAAUCUGUUAAUAUGGUAAUAAAAUUGUUUAAGGAAAACUUUA